UCAAUUCAUCAUCUAUCAUUCUUAAUUAAAACACACACUGUAAAACAUCGUACGUCGUACUCCGUUAUUAAGAUCAUCAAACAACCUCCUGCAGCAACCUGCAAAUCCAUGGCUACUGCUUGUCUCACUUGGUUCUCAAGGAUGCCACUUCAUAUUAGCAAGGGGUUACCUGCGGCAUAUUGUGGGAGUGGGAGAUGUUACAGGACGACAAUUAGGCAUGUUGAGUCGUGGAAUGUGGUGGAAGUGGAGGGGCCGGCGGCGAACAGAGGUUGCUGGGUACCUGAUCCCCGCACAGGCAUAUACUUCCCUGAAGGGCAUGAGAGGGUCAUGGAUGAUAUUCCAAAUGCUGCUGCCACUUCCACUCAAACUUACUGGUUAAGGAAUGUUGAUGGAGUUGACACUACAUCAACCCCUCACCCUCACCAUCAUAAUCAACAACAACCGUACGAUUAAAUAUGAAGUUAUUAUGUGAUGAUUGAGUUGCAAUACAUGCAAUGAUAUGUUGUUAUGUUAAAAGUUAAUUAGUAGCAAAGACUCUACUUAUAUAAUAAUAUUUUAAUAGUUUGAUGU